AUGUUCCAGGCACUGCUAUGGCAGCUGCCACUGGCGGCUGCUCUCUGGCCGAAGCCGCACAUCUACACGACCGGCAGCACCACCGUGGUGGUGAAUCCUAGCACAUACAGCUUUCAAGCUGUGGCCACAACUCCUGAGCUUGAGGACGCCUUCGUGCGGUACCGGUCACUGUUCUUCCCCCACAGCACUUCUCCUGCACCACAAGCUCUGGAUGCAGGGCUGGUGGUGGACAUAUUCGAUACAAAAGCUGACUUGAUCCUCGGUGCUGAUGAGUCCUAUACUUUGGACAUCAACCUGGACGGCACCAGCGUGGUUGCCGCGAAGACGGUCUGGGGCGCUUUGCGGGCCUUGGAGUCCCUCUCGCAGCUGGUGGACUUUAACUUCUCGACAGGUCAGUAUUCUUUCUCUGGCAUCCCAGUUCACAUCGAGGACGCGCCGCGUUUCCCGCAUCGCGGCAUUCUCAUCGACUCGGGCAGGCACUUCGAGUCGGUGCCGCAGGUGAAGGCCUUUCUGGACUCCAUGGCCUAUGCCAAGAUGAACGUGCUGCAUUGGCAUCUGACGGAGGACGAGUCCUUCCCCAUCGCCAGCCGCUCCUUCCCGGAGCUCCCACAGAAGGGCGCCUACAGCGACUUCGAGCAGUACACCUGGGAGGACAUUGCAGAAGUCGUCAAGUAUGCCCGCAUGCGUGGCAUCCGCGUCAUCCCAGAGUUUGACAUGCCCGGGCAUUCCACCUCAUGGAGGAAUUCGCACCCAGAGAUUUUUGCCGAAGGCUGCCUAAGCCAAUCCUCUCGCGGUGCCUUCGACCCCGCGAAUAACCAGACCUUCAGCUUCCUCGAGGCAGCUCUGAAGGAUUGGAGCGCCCUGUUUCCCGACGGCUUCCUCCACCUGGGCAGCGACGAGGUCCCUGCUAGCUGCUGGAACAACACCAAAGACCUUGCCUGGAUGAAGACCAUGGGCUUCUCCAACUCGAGCGAUGUCUUUAACUACUUCGUGAACCAAAUGGCUGGAAUCUCCCAGAAGUUGGGCAGGCAGACGAUCUUCUGGGAUGAAGCCUUUCUGUCUGCCAAGCCGCCCCAGGAUGCGGUGAUUCAGAACUGGCACGACGCAUCGCUGAUGCAGAAAAUCGUUGAUGCUGGUUAUCGAGCGAUCUAUUCUUCCAACGGCGGCUACACGAACGGGUGGUACCUGGACGGCUUGAAAGCCACCUGGGAGAACAUGUAUGUGCUCGAGCCUUUGACCAACAUCAGCUCUGACAAGGCACACCUCGUCAUUGGCGGCGAAGGCUGCAUGUGGGGUGAAACUGUCGACCCCUCGGACCUGGAGUUCACGGUGUGGCCCCGCGCCGCCGCCAUCGCGGAGCGGCUCUGGAGCGACCCGAGCGCCAACUCCACCGCGGAGGCGGAGCCCAGGCUCCAGCGCUUCAGGUGCCAGUUGCUGGCGCGGGGCGUUCACAGCGGCGUAGUGGGCGGCCAGGGCCGCGAUGCUCCCCCGGGCCCGGGCUCGUGUGUGCAGAAGCCCAAGGUGCUGGCUCAGGGAGAGCAGAGCGUCUUCAUUUAG